AUGCAGAGGUCUUUCUCUGAUGCAUAUCUUGGAUACGUGGCCAGUCUGGGAACUCUCCUGAGAACAGAGAUCAGUACAAAUUCACCCCACAGCAAUUCACAAAAUGCACAGGAGGAGAAAGAGAGCUUCAGAUUGCUUUCACUCCUAUUCGCUCCUGUUUCCCGCAUCCACACAUACCUAAACAUCAUACAGGCCUUGUUACGCAUUUCUGGUGCUGGACAUGCAGACUGGUGUUCACUACAGGAGAGCGAGCGGGUGCUGUGGGACCUCUGCACAAGCUGUCACAUGACCUUGGCGAAGGCGGGGCCAUGCGAAGAGGGGGUGGGGCCUGAACAAGGUUUGAGAAGCAGGUGCUGUGCCGAGAGCCCCGACUGUGGCCCUUCCGCUUUUACCAAGUACUGUGCCAACAUUAAUGCGGAUACAGCCAGCGUCACAGCAGGCGCAGGCAUAGACAGCACUGUACACCAGAGGAAAUUCUGUCGUGUUGGCAUCUCACAGACGCUACCUCGGCCCAGUGGCAUUUUAAGAAACGGCCGUGAGUAUAUGUGUGAUCUGCCCCCUGGUGGCUGGACUGCAGAGUACAUGUGGAAUGGCAGCGCAAGGCAGAGCCACACGGGUCCCAUCUGCAUACCCUUCCCUCGUCAUCCUAGAGAAGCCGGCUGCUUUCGGAACCCUGUGCCACCUGUAGGUGUCAGGGGAAACCUCACUACUGCUGCCAAGUGUCAGAGCUCCUCGGCUGGUCUGGCCGUGCGUGUGUGUGGUUCCCCGGGGCUUGAUGGACGUGUAUACACCUCUGAACUGUACCCUCCGCCGCAUCGUCUCGAUGUCGACUGCGACGUGGCCGACGCAUCCAUUUUUGACUUCUCUUCUGUAACAACCUCUAGCCCAGAUGAAACUCUGAAUCGGCUCAGGGGAGCGGAAGCACGUGAUGAUGAGGAUGAUGAUGAAGAGGACAGCGAGGUUCCAGUUCUCCUCAAACCUUCAUACACUCACAACGCUUCAGCCGUGCAGGCAGGGGGAGGAUUAUGCAUGGCGUGGCAGAUUCCCAAACGGGCUCCUAUUCCUGCUGAGGUUCGCAUUGGGGGGCAAGGAAAAACACGUGCCCCAAAACCACACAGAAUCCUCAGCAGUGCCUUCCGGCCGAUUUGGGACCAGACUUACUCACAGGGUGAUGCAACUCCUGCAAAAGAGAACUCGGUGUCUUUCAGCUCAACCAAUCAGAUCAUUAAUCAGCAGCAAGAAACUGACCAAUCACGAUCUGCAUAUAGAGGGACUGGAGUUCAGCGGGCUGAAGCAGUGUGGCAUGACAGCGAGGACAGCGAAGGACCCUGCAGUACAGUCUGACACAAACUGGUGCAACGAAUCAUACACAGGGAACGUCUCUACUUCAUCCAAUGAAAUAACUGGAAUCUUUUUUAAAAAUCUGAGAUUACAAAUGACAACUUCUCACUGUGAACUAGUGGUGCAACGGAUCACAAA